ACCAAUCAACUAACCUGUCCAGGUAACUGCAGUAAUGGUCAGUGGAUGUGUUUCAACCGCCGGUGCAUUGACGCCAGCCUCACCUGCAAUGCAUUCGACGACUGUGGAGAUGGCUCUGAUGAAACUUAUUUGCAUGCCAGGUGUCCACCAGGUGAAAUGUGUGACAACAUGAUGGGAUGUUUCAAGUUGGAAGAAAUGUGCGACGGACAAAACGACUGCGCUGAUGGGUCCGACGAACACAACUGUCGAGCAGGUUUGUUCGUUCGUUCGUUCGUUUGUCUGUUUGUGGCAUUCAUGGCUCAUAUUUUAAACAAAAUGAAAAUAUCCAAUGCACUAAUUUUAAUGCUUGCGGUAUAUAAAGUUUUCCUCGGUUAA